AUGGCAUCCAAAUUGGUCCCCUUUGCUUUGCGGCCGGGCCGUUUUGCUCUCUCUCGCGUGCCAGGCCGACAAUGUCGGCCGUUCACAGUUGCGGCGCCCCUCCGGAGUGAUACCCUCGCAGUCCACAGAAACACCCCUGAAAAUAACCCCAGCAUCCCCUUCAAAUUUUCUGAACAGAACCUCAAACUUAUCGAUGAGAUACUCCUAAGAUAUCCUCCACAGUAUAAGAAGGCAGCGGUCAUGCCAAUCCUAGACCUUGGUCAGCGGCAAUAUGGGUACACUAGCAUCAGCGUUAUGAACGAAGUCGCGCGCAUACUGGAGAUGCCCCCGAUGAGGGUGUAUGAAGUUGCGACAUUUUACACCAUGUACAAUCGGGAACCUGUAGGGAAAUACUUUGUUCAGGUUUGCACGACUACACCAUGCCAACUCGGCGGAUGCGGUAGCGCCAAAGUUAUGAAAGCCGUCACAGACCACCUCGGAGUCUCCAAUGGCCAAACAACCCCAGACAAGCUGUUCACCGUUCUUGAAGUCGAGUGUUUGGGCGCCUGCGUGAACGCGCCCAUGAUUCAAAUCAACGACGACUAUUACGAGGACCUCACCCCAGAAUCUGUAGUGUCUCUUCUAGAUGCUCUAAAGGAGGCAGAAACGAACAAAUCUGUCGAGGUUCCCGCCCCCGGCCCUCUCAGUGGUCGGAAGUCGUGUGAGAAUAGUGCUGGUCUAACCAAUUUGACGAAUCCAUCAUGGAGUCCAGAGCUGAUGAGGACGGAUGGGGAGCUGUAA